AUGGCGCACGUCCGAGGCCUGUGGCUGCCUGGCUGCCUGGCCCUGGCUGCCCUGUUCAGCCUUGUGCACAGCCAGCAUGUGUUCCUGCCCCCUCAGCAAGCACUGUCGCUGCUCCAGCGGGUCCGCCGUGCCAACAGCGGCUUCCUGGAGGAGGUGCGCAAGGGUAACCUGGAGCGAGAGUGCUUGGAGGAGCAGUGCAGCUACGAGGAGGCUUUCGAGGCCCUGGAGUCUUCCACUGACACGGAUGCUUUCUGGGUCAAGUACACAGCUUGUAAGCCGGCGAUGAACACUCGAGAAAAGCUCAUUGAAUGUCUGGAAGGGAACUGCGCUGAGGGUCUGGGCAUGAACUACCGUGGGAACGUGAGCUUCACCCGGUCAGGCAUCGAGUGUCAGCUCUGGAGGAGUCGCUACCCACAUAAGCCUGAAAUCACCACCCACCCUGAGGCCGACCUGAAGGAGAAUUUCUGCCGCAACCCAGAUAACAGCACUACAGGUCCCUGGUGCUAUACUACAGACCCUACCGUGCGGAGGGAAGAGUGCAGCAUCCCUGUGUGUGGCCAGAAGGGUUUCACUGUGGCACCGACCCAAGGCACUGGAGGCUCCAGGGUGAAGCCCUCAACUUCAUUGGAGAUGUGUGUCCCCGAUCGUGGCCGGCAGUACCAGGGUCACCUGGCGGUGACCACACACGGCUCCGCCUGCCUAGCCUGGUCCAGCAGUCAGGCCAAGGCCCUGAGCAAGGACCAGGACUUCAGCAAGGCAGUGCCGCUGGUGGAGAACUUCUGCCGGAAUCCAGACGGGGAUGAGGAGGGUGCAUGGUGCUAUGUGGCCGGGCAGCCUGGUGACUUUGAGUACUGCGACCUCAACUACUGCGACGAUCCGGUGGAGGAGGAGGUGGGAGACGGGCUGGGCGAGGACUCGGACGCGGCCAUCCAAGGGCGCACAUCCACUGGGAAGUUCCAGAGCUUUUUCAACGAAAAGACCUUUGGCGCCGGGGAGGCAGACUGUGGGCUGCGGCCUCUGUUUGAGAAGAAGUCGCUGGAGGACAAGAAGGAAAAGGAGCUGCUGGAUUCCUACAUCGAUGGGCGCAUCGUGGAGGGUUGGGAUGCGGAGCAAGGCGUUGCGCCCUGGCAGGUGAUGCUUUUCCGGAAGAGCCCCCAGGAGCUGCUGUGUGGGGCCAGCCUUAUCAGUGACCGCUGGAUCCUCACUGCAGCCCACUGCCUGCUGUACCCGCCCUGGGAUAAGAACUUCACCGAGAAAGACCUUGUUGUGCGCCUUGGGAAGCACUUCCGCACCACGUAUGAGCGGUACACUGAGAGGAUCUCCGUGCUGGAGAAGAUCUACAUCCACCCCAGGUACAACUGGAGGGAGAAUCUGGAUCGAGACAUCGCCCUGCUGAAGCUCAAGAAGCCCAUCACCUUCACUGACUACAUUCACACUGUGUGCCUGCCCGACAGGGAGACAGCAGCGAGCUUGCUCCAGGCUGGAUACAAAGGGCGGGUGACUGGCUGGGGCAACCUGAAGGAGACAUGGAAGGCCAGCAUUGGCGAGGUGCAGCCCAGUAUCCUGCAGGUGGUGAACCUGCCCAUCGUGGAGAGGCCGGUCUGCAAGGCCUCCACCCGCAUCCGCAUCACGGACAACAUGUUCUGUGCUGGUUUUAAACCCAAUGAAGGGCGACGAGGGGAUGCUUGUGAAGGCGACAGUGGGGGACCCUUUGUCAUGAAGAGCCCCUUUAACAACCGCUGGUAUCAAAUGGGCAUCGUCUCAUGGGGUGAAGGCUGUGACCGGGAUGGGAAAUAUGGCUUCUACACACAUGUGUUCCGCCUGAAGAAGUGGAUACAGAAGAUCGUUGAUCAGUUCGGAGGUUAG